AUGGAGGAGACAAAGAAGACGACUUCUCCAAAAGUGAACUUCCUCACCGAUGACCUAUGGGAAAACAUACUCGUGAGACUACCGCUUAAGAACAUCACCACUCUAAAACUGGUCUGCAAGCGAUUGAAAACAAUCGUCGAAUCUCCGUUUCUCCGCGAGCUUUUCCUUUCUCGUCAUCAAAACUCGCAUUCUUCGUGGUCGCUCAUGUGCAGGGAUUCCAAGAAAGAAGUCCUUGCUCUCUACGGAUGCGAGAUCUGGGGUCUCCAACGAUCUCUUGGCUCUUACAUCUCCUCUUUCCUUACAGACAGGUUCAAGAAACAGAGAGAUCAAAACAGACCAUGUGAAUCAUUCGAGCUCGCUGGACUCGUCACACGCAUUGAAAACAACGUCGUUUUAGGUUACAAAGCUGUUCUGAUGCAUGAUACGAGUGGCAUCGUGACCAGAGCCCUAAGUUUACUUAUAUACUCAUCCGAGACAAAACUGUGGAGUUUCAUGACUCUCCGUACUCAUCUCCCUCUGACAAAUGGUGUUGAACACGAACCACCUCUUAGCUUGAACGGAAACCUUUACUGGCUCGGCUCCGAUGUUGUUGUAUCCCAUGAUUUCUACGCUACUGGCGCGGAAUCUGAUCGGUGCAGCGUUAUACCUUUCCCUGACUCGGGGAAAGAAACGAAUUUCAGAAGAGCUUUCACAGCUUCUCAAGGGUUUCUCAUGUAUAUGAGCAUAGUCAAAGAAGAGAGCGACGAUGACGAUGGAAGUUGGGAGCCUAUGUUAUGUGUGCGAAGGCUAGAGACUGGUGAAUGGCAGCAAGUAUCUACGAUAUCUCCUGCUUGUAUCAGGACCGGGUUCGAAUACUUUCCGAUGGAAAUAAACCCUUUUGAUGCUAAUACAAUGUACUUUUGGAGCAAGAAGCAUAAAUGUCUUGCAUCUACUCACGUGCACAAAGGCAAGUUUGGGCUUCACAACAACCUGGAACGUAGCAGCGACGGUCGUACUCUGAGUUUUGAUGGAGAGUGGGACCCGGAGGAACUCGAACCGUACUUUUCCACGUUUGUGUUUCCGCGUUGGCUUUAUCAGAUCCCUUCCUUACCAUCAUGA